AGGUGAGAGCCGGCCGGGUAGCUAACAGACAGAUAUCAAGCAAGAUUGAAACCUAUCCUCACUCUGAAAUCCAGGCUCGCCCUUGCCGUACUGCAAUUUUGUUGGAUUCGUGUUCAAUGAUUUCUUUUCAGUCGUGCGGUUGCGACAGAUCUUGAGAGAUUUUCUUUCUUUCUCAUUCUCAAACAAAGUGAAGGAUAUUGAGCAACAAGUUGGUUGGGGAAAGCAUUCUGCUCUGAGAGGUCGUCGAGAGUAAACGUAUCGAGUUUUUGGCAAUAAAAAGUAGUUCUACACAAUAGAAAGAAAAGUCCUGUAUCAAGUGGUGCAAUUUUGUAAAACUCGUGUAAUAAAGACUUUCACCCUUUUCAAGAAACAAGUUGUGCAACAACAUUUCCCUAAUUCGGCUUUACCUACACAUUUACGUACUUGCAUACACGGCAAAUUUUAUUCUUGUGGCAAGACAUAGCAAGAAUGGGUAGUCUCAAUUUAUCUUGCACCGGUGAAAGUGAGAUUUAUCUCGCCAACUCGACAUCUCCUGCACCUGGUCGCACCUCAACGACCUAUUUGUUCAAUGAAGUUUACCUUUACGAGAUUUGCAUCUACGUUAUGGUGGGAACUUUUUGCAUGACCAUCAAUGUUGGAGCAUUUUGUAUCGUCAGGUUGAAGCGAGGACCACCAACAUUCCUUUCUCUCGUCAACCUUUUCAUCUCGUCUUUGCUGGCUGUGAUCUACCAAAUAUUAAAGACGCUCAAGAAAAGUAAAAUUCUGAGCUCGGAGUCUUUAUGGCUUUGCAAUGGCUGGGGAUUAUGUUCAAGAUUGUGCAUUGUCCUCCUUCCGUUCACCAUGGUUGGAAUCUUCAUGGAAAUGAUCAACGCGAAACGGUUGGUUCAAUGUGGGAUGAGACUGGAAGUAGCAAUUUUCCUCUCCGUUUGGUUCUCCUCUGUCCUUAUCAGCAUUCCGGCAAUGGGAACGUACAAGUUUGAGGACACCGUAAACCCUUCAACGCUUUCCCACUGCAGCAGAGUUUUCAUCCUGGAUUCUCAGCUACUUACCAAUUUGUAUGAGGGUCUCUUUGUUUGUUCUAUAUCCGUCCUACCCACAUUCUUCAUGCUUGGUGCCCUUCACAGACUCAAGUUCAGGAUGCAUCUCCUACUCCUUUGUCAACCGAUUCCCCAUGGACUUCAUAAAAAAGUGAGAAAAAUUCGGUGGAUAUUUUUUUACACUGUAUUUUUCAUCGUCUUCUGGCUCGCUCCUGGACCAGCAAUAUACAUUGUUCGACUAACUGACAAACGAGGGGAAAGUCAAGUUCCAGGACAGCGUCAAACUCCUCGUGAUUUUCCACUCGUUUUACGAUGCGGUUUUCUACUUCAAGUGGCAAUGCAGCCCCUCUUUUUCCUCUAUGCUCAACAACAGUUCAAUUUGUGGGAGUGGUUUCAGCGAUGCCCGAUCGUCAAGUGUCUCUGUUCGAGGGCCGUGGGAAGGAUGCGGAGGCGGAGGAAAACGCUUCGAGGAAUGGAAAUAUCGUCCAUCAUGCACAUGGAAACGUAUGCAGUCUCGAGUCAGGGACAACUGAAUAAUUUGUACUAUUAAAUGGGGAUCAGAUACAUAUUUAUAAUGAGAUGAUUUAGUACCUUGAAAGUAAUUACGUGAUCUUAUUGAAGGGCAUAAAUAUAAUGAGCACUCAUUAGCCCGUUUCUAAAGUAGAUACGAUUUGGUAUUAGAAGUAGUUAAAAAGUAGUACAAAUAUUAAAAC